CGAGCAUUUGGCUCAGGGGCAUCACGGAAAGGUAGACAAACGCGGAUGUGAAGCCUUUCCCCCCUCCGCAUUCCGCCUCUCAAGCCCCCACCCUCCCCGGAAGUACUUCUCCGGCGAAGUACUCUUCCCGUCAGGUUCUUAUCCAUCCCUGGUCCGCGGCGCCGCUUCCCCGGCAGAGAAAGGAGAAUAACACCUAACUUCCACAACCGAGAUGACGGACGGCGGCCAAGGCAACGAACUUGCUGCUCUCGAGAAAGUGUUGCUCGACGAAAGUGCGGAUCCUGUCGAUCUGCCUUUCUCGCUUCUCAAGGCCAUCACAGGAAACUUCUCUGAAGAUAAUGAAAUCGGCAGCGGCGGGUUCGGAGCGGUUUACAAGGGAGUGCUUCCAAGUGGUCGCACUAUCGCCGUGAAGAAGCUCUUUGAGAUGUACGAGAUCCUGGACAAGAAUUUUGCAAGCGAGGUCACCUGUCUUGCCGGGGUCAGGCACAAGAAUACCGUGCGAUUUCUCGGAUACUGCUCUGAGACGCAGCAAGUACUGAUGCCAUAUGACGGGAAGCGUGUCUUGGCUGAUGUGCGGCAUAGGCUGCUCUGCUUCGAGUACAUGCCCAAAGGGUGCCUUGCUGACUAUCUCCCUGAUGCAGCUUGUCGAUUUCAGUGGAUCACACGUUAUCAAAUAAUCAAGGGGGUCUGUGAAGGCGUGCAUUAUCUUCACAAGCAGCGUAUUAUUCACAUGGACCUCAAACCUCAGAAUGUACUAUUGGAUGACAACAUGCUGCCCGGAAUUACGGAUUUCGGUCUAUCAAGACGCUUAAGUGAAAGCAAGAGUCGGGCUAUCACUGAAAACAAGCAUGGGACGAUGGGAUAUAUGGCACCAGAAUUUAUAAAUAAGGGAGAAAUCACCUUCAAGACAGACAUAUAUAGUUUGGGAGUUAUAAUAAUGGAGAUCCUUAUGGGACAUAAGGACUGCUCCAAUGUUAAGGAGAUAGUUGAAAGUUGGACGAACAAGUUCAGGACAUCAGAGAGCCAGACAGCACUGGAACAAGUAAAAGUAUGUGCUGAGAUAGGGAUAAAAUGCAUGAACUAUGACCCAAGGAAUAGGCCUGCUACAUGGUUUAUCAUUAGUGGAAUACUGGGUGAUGUGGAAAUUUCAAACUGGUCUAUUACAAGUGAUGUAGCUACCUCGACAGAAGGGCAGAUAGGCUUUGCCUCCAAGUUGGUGGAUGAAUUGAAGUUGAUGGAUGAUUCCGCUGCAGCAUCCGAACUGCAGCCAUCAGCGCUGGAGGUAGAGCAGGAGGAUGGCAAAGUGAGCCUAGAGAGUAAGGGGAAGGCAACAACAGUGACUGUGGCGGCUGGGGUGAUGAGCACCCUCAGUGCCAAGCUUGCCAAGCUCAUGGGCGACGAGUACAUUAAGCGCAAAGAGGUGAGGAAGCAGGCGUCCUUCCUCAAGAAGGAGUUGAGCACCAUAAACGCUGUCCUUGAGCAGCUGGAGCUCAUGGAUGAGCUCGCUCCAGUGGUAAAAAAUUGGAGGGAUGAUGUCAGGGAGAUCUCCUAUGACAUGGAGAAUUGUAUUGAUGACUUCAUGCGCCAAUUUGGAGGUGAGGAUGCUGAAGCAAGCUUCGUCGGGGAGGCUGCUGAACUUCACAAGAGGUUGUGCGAGCUUCAUAGGAUUGCCAACCAGAUGGAAGAGCUCAGGACUCUUAUGGUAGAAGCAAAUGCUCGACGUGAGAGCUACAAGAUUGAUGAUUGCAAGCCUAGCUUUGUGGGUGUCGACCCUCGGCUGUCAGCGGUCUGCCAGGAGGCAACUAGCCUUGUGGGCAUUGACGGCCCAAGGGAGGAGGUUGCCAAUUGGUUGAUGGAUACUCAGAAAAAACUCAAGGUUGUGUCUGUUGUUGGUUUUGGAGGUCUGGGUAAAACUACACUUUCCAAACAGGUAUAUGAUAAGAUCAGGGGGCAUUUCAAGAGUGUGGCAUUCAUUUCAGUUUCACAGAAGCCUGAUAUGAGAGUGCUUCUCAAUCGCCUACAAUUGAAACUUGGGAUAAGUGUGUCUUCUCAUGAUUGCGGGUUUGAAGACAUCAUUGAAGAGCUAAGGAAGUAUCUCGCAGAUAAAAGGUACCUUAUUGUACUUGAUGACUUGUGGGAUCAAUCAGCAUGGAAUACUAUUAGUCUUGCUUUUUCAGAAAAUGGAAAUGGGAGUAGAAUAAUAGUAACGACACGAGUGGAAGAUGUGGCUAGUGUGGCCUGUCACAAUGACCGUAAGUGCAUUUACACAAUGAAGCCCCUCAAUGAACAGAAUUCAAGAAUGUUAUUCUCGAAUAGAGUAUUUGGGUCUGAAGUUGUUUGUCCACCCUAUCUUAAAGACGUUGCAGCUGAAAUUCUGAAGAAGUGUGGCGGAUUGCCUCUUGCAAUUAUCACUAUAGCUAGCCUAUUAGCUACUCAAGUGAGGUCAAGGAAACACUGGGAGAGCAUAAGGAAAUCUCUGGGUGCCCAAUCUGCCACAAAUCCUUCAUUGAAAGAGAUGAAUAACAUAUUAAACCUUAGCUACACGCAUCUUCCUCUUCAUCUCCGGGCAUGUUUUUUGUACCUUGGUAUGUAUCCUGAGGACCACAUUAUAUGGCGGGAUCAUCUGGUUAGACAAUGGAUAGCUGAAGGCUUCGUCAGCAGUUUGCAUGGGUCAGAUUUGGAGGAUAUUGGCAGGAGUUAUUUCAAUGAGCUCGUCAAUAGAAGUAUGACUCAUCCAUCAAAAACUGAGUAUGGAGAGGUGUUGUCUUGCACAGUACAUGACAUGAUGCUUGAUUUGAUCCUAAUCAAGUGUGUAGAAGACAAUUUUCUAAGUGUGGCGUACAAUUCUGACGACAUGCAAGUACAAUGUUCGCAGAUUACCGAAAAAGGCUUUCGCCCCGCUUUAUAG